AUGUCAGCUACCCCAUUGACGUUUUCCACGCCCAUCGCGCACAACGCUCUUCCUCUGCCGUCAAGCACACCAGUGGGGCAGUCAUUGUGGAUAGCACCUCAUUCUCAUAUCAAGAGCCUUGGCCUCCAUCCUGAGGGGUUCGCAAACGUAGAUGGGGCAGAGUUUGUGUGGCAGGUUAACGCACGAGAGGCUUGCAGCGUGGUUGUCGACCUUGUUAAAUGUUGCAAGUUCUCUGGUCGCGCUUUGCUGCUUGUCAGUGCACCUGGCACGGGAAAGACCGUGCUUGCCCUGGCAAUCUCUCCAGAAUUCUGGGCAAAGGUGCCCCUCUACCUCAUGGUCGGCUCAGAAGUCUACAGUACAGAGGUCAAGAAGACUGAGGUGCUUGCAGAAGCCUUUUGGCAGGUGAUAGGGCUAUGCAUCAAGGAGACCAAAGAAGUGUAUGAAGACAAAGUCACCGAGCUCACACCAACGGAGGCUGAGAACCCUCUUAGUGGCUAUGGCAAGACUGUCUUGCAUGUCAUUGUCAGCCUGAAGACAGUCAAAGGCACGAAGCAGCUGCGCCUCAACCCAUUCAUCUACGAAGCAAUUCUGAAGAAGAAAAUUGUCGCUGGAGACGUCAUCUACAUCAAGGUGAACACUAGUGCUGUAAAACUUGUCGGACGCUCAGACACUUACACAUCCUCGUACAAUUUUGAGUCUGAAACGUACGUCCCCCUACUCAAGGGCGAGGUACACAAGCAAAAAGAGCUCGUGCAGGACGUAACGCUUGGCGACUUGGAUGCGGUGAAUGCGCGGCCUCAGGGAGGUCAGGACAUGAGUGUAAUGGGCAGUUUGAUGAAGAGCGGUCGGAUGGAGGUCACGGAGAAGCUGAGGAAGAAAGUCAACAAGGUUGUGAGGGGAUAUGUUGACCAGAGUGUUGCGAAGGUUGUGCCUGGUGUCAUAUUUAUCGAUGAGAUACUUGCUUCACAGGUUCACAUGCUCAACAUUGAAUGUUUCACCUAUUUAAAUGCCCUUCCCAAAGGCAACUCAAUUAUGCGCGGUACAACAGAUAUAGUAGCCCCGCAUGGUAUCCCUUACUGUUGCCUAAUUUUUAAGACAGACUCGUACACCAAUGCCAAUAUUGCAAAGAUCAUGCAGGUCCUCGCAAACAUUGAAGGACUCAAGCUCGGUUCUAGUGUGCUCGAACAACUGGCCAUGGAGGGCAAAAAGAGUUUACUUCAAUAAGGUA